CGUGUUUAUAGACGCGCGCACGACUGUCUCCUCAGACUGAAGAGCACAGCGCACGACGGUGGACGCAACUUGUCGGGAGCUCAUUCAACCUGCACAGUUUUUGUCAAAUAUUGUCAACAAAGUGACCACAAGGGGAAAGAGACUAUUUACACGGGUUCAUCGUUCAAUACUGACACAGUUUGAAGAUCUCGACCGUUGGAUUUGAGUAGCUAUUGCAAACAGACGAAGGCUGCAGGAAAACAAACUAUUUGGGGAUGAAUCGCUGUACGGCUGCUUUACUUUUGCUCGUCAUCGCAGUUUAUUCACUAAACACAGAGGCAUAUAAGUGCAGGUGCACAAGGAAAGGACCGAAGAUUCGAUACAAAGAUGUGCAAAAGCUGGAGAUAAAACCCAAACAUCCAUACUGCCAUGAAAAGAUGAUUUUUGUCACCAUGGAGAAUGUGGCGCGUUUCAAAGGUCAGGAAUAUUGCCUGCACCCCAGACUCCAGAGCACUAAGAACCUUGUCAAGUUGUUCAAAAUCUGGAAGGACAAGCACAGGGUCUAUGAGGCUUAAACGUACAAUAUGCACAAGGCUGAGAACAUUGUGGGGCGCACAACACUACCAGUAAAUUGUGGAUGACCAGAGGACCAAAUUUUCAAGCACAAAAAUGCCCAGUCAUGCUUAUUAGUCGGUUUAAUUUAUAUGAAUGUGUAAUAAUUUAUAGUCAGACAAAAAUGCUUAUUAUAUCGUGUUUAUAUGGAGAAAAGUCCCUGUGAGUCAGCACCAUCUAUAAGAAGUGAUCUUUAAGUUUUUGCAAUGUCUUCUGAAGUAUCAGUUCUUGCUCUGGAUUCAUUGUGUUGUUGCAUACAAAGGGUUCCUGACACUUACAAUAGGAUAUUGUCUGGUUUGAAAAGUGUGUGAUAUGCCAACAUUCAAAUGGAAAAGUAAGCAUCAUGGUUUUUUCCAUCCACAAUCAUUUGGCAAAGUUGUUUUAUUCAAACAGACAUUUAGUCGAGGAACUUUAUUUAACUCACCCAGAUAUUACUUAAGGAAUAAUUGACGAUGGGCCAUUGAAUUAUUCGAAAAUAAUGCACACCCAAGGUGGUAAUCCGACACGACGCUAAGCUGAAUUAUAUUUUCAAAUAAUUCAAAGGACCGGAGUCAAUUAUUUAACUUAUACCACGGUUACCCCAAACAUUGCUCUGGUGGUUAUUUUAAGACAUUUGACAGAUCAGGUGUGCAUUUUACAGAAAAAUAAUCAACACCCAUGAACCAUUUCUUAACCAAUCAGAAUAAAGCAUUUAACAGGCCCGUGGUAUAAUCUAUAUUUACACACAUACAUUACUCCUCAAUGGACAUAUACUACCACAUUACAAGCUGCAUGAGUGCCAGGGCCUGCAGUGUUUAACAUGAAGCUUUUUAUAUCAUACUGGCAUUCCUAUCAGCACAUUAUGAACUAUGUGUGCUUCCUCUAUGAGGUGUGCAGGUUUUGUAAGCUGUUGUUUGUCACUUGUUUAUUCUUGUCUCUUUGUACAUCAAAUUGUAUGUACUGUAUAAGCACACAACAUAGGUUCUUGUGUAUAAACCACCUUGCCUAGUGUAGCUUGUUCAGAGUUUCUUAGUGAGGCCUAUGUAUUGUAUCACAGAAUUGUUGUUUUACUAUUUAAAUAAUAAAUCAUAGAAAUGUUUGAGUCAAAUCCAAGAAGUGUAAUCUUCUAAGCACAGCAAUAAAUAUUUCAAUAAAUCAAAGUCUGUGUUUUG